AUGGCGACGUGGAAGAGUGCGGCGAAAUGCCAUCGUCGAAUUCAUCAAGAGAGGCACCAACCAGAAAGCAGAGCCCACUUGGGUUUAUUGGAAAAACAUAAGGACUACAAGGAAAGAGCCAAAAAUUUUCAAAACAAGAAGAAUACCAUAUUAGCUUUGAAGAGAAAAGCGCUUGAUAGAAAUCCCGAUGAGUUUUACUUCCAUAUGAUAAAUUCAAAAGUAGAGGAUGGCGUUCAUCAUGAACUUGAUAAAGAAGAUGAGCACACUCCAGAGCAAAUUAGCCUCAUGCAGACACAGGACUUACGUUAUGUUCGAAUGAAACGAACCAUUGAAUCCAAGAAAAUCAGUAAAAUGCAGUCACAACUACAUUUAAUUGAUGUAGCCAACAAAACAGAGAAUAAACACAUUUUCUUUGUUGAUUCAACAAAAGAAGCUAAGCAGUUUGAUGUGGCAACACAUUUAGAUACUCAUCCAUCUCUUCUAAAGCGUCGAACAAACAGAUUAAAAACAUCUACACUUCAACAACUAUCUCUUCCUAAUGUUACUAAACCUGAGUUGGAAAGAGCUGCAAUGUCUCGUGAUAAUGCCUACAGGGAACUCAGUCGAAGAAUCGAAAGAGAGAAGCAGUUACAAGUAAUUGAAGAAAAGCUUGCAAUUAAAAGAUACCUCCAGAACAAGAAGGAAAUGGCUCCUGAAAGGGUCAAACCAGCAACAAAAAGUGCUCCUCCUGUGUACAAAUGGCAGUAUGAUAGGAAGAGAUAA